AUGGAGGAGGCCCCCCCUCCCUUGUGCAUGUAUGUUUACAACAACACCUCAGCAACCAACCGAGAUAGACACCUACCUAAUAGGUAUAAUACACACACCCACCACAUGCGCGUCCGGGCACGCACAUCUGCAAAGCACCACGCGGCAGAGGACAAACUCUAA